AUGCGCCUUAGCAGGGACCUGCGCGACGUCGUCCCCUUGGGCCACAGUCAUCCACUUGGGCCACGUGGCGAGUAUUCUGAGAACCUGAACCAUAAUCCGCGAACCCUUCUGCCCAAGUUCUACGGACUCUACUGCUACCAGUGCGGCGGCAAGAGCGUGCGCGUCGUGGUGAUGAACAACCUGCUGCCCUCGGUGGUGCCCAUGCACCAGAAGUUCGACCUGAAGGGAUCCACCUUCAAGCGCAAAGCGAGCAAGCACGAGCGCAGCAAGCGCUUCCCGACCUUCAAGGACCUCGACUUCCUCGAACAGCAUCCCGACGGCAUCCUGCUGGAGACCGACACGUACAAUGCCCUCAUGAAGACCAUCCAGAGAGACUGCCAGGUAUUGGAGAGCUUCAAAAUAAUGGACUACAGCCUCCUGAUAGGCAUACACAACAUCGACCAGGCGGCGAAGGAACAAGUAUUGUAUGCUCAGAACAGCAGCGGCCUCAUCUUGAAGCCUUGCACGCAGGAGCGGCAGUCUCAGGGUGCAAAGGACGAAGUGAAACUCGAUCCUCCAGCAGGCGCGGAAGAAGACUCCAUCUCCAAACCAGCAGGAUCUGUGCUGACACAGAAUAAGGUCACGAACCGGCAACGGCUGGCGAACUUCUCCACUGCCAUGGAGUCAAUCCAGGCUGACGUAGAGCCCAUUGAUCACGACGAGGACGUUCCGACACGGAUAUCAGUGCAGAGGCCCAGCUUUUAUGCAGAACGCUUUCAGGAGUUCUUGGCUAAGAAGGUCUUCAAGAAGAUUACCCUCUCUCCGACGUUGGAAAGCCAGCAGCUAAGAAGGGAUGUCAGUGGCACCUCGUCACGCAUGAUCUUCUCAAGCAAGAUGAACUGCUGGUCAACGGGCCAGCUGCAGUACGUGUCCGUGAAAGCGGCCGGUUGA